AUGGCUAGACAUCCAUUUUAUAAGCGAUUAUUAAAAGAGUAUCAGCAAAUAAGUUUGAAUAAACUACCAGGUAUAAAGCUUGUUACUAAUGAUGAUAAUCUAACCGAGUUUAUAUUCCAGAUCAAAGUGGCAAAUAAUCCGUUAUACCCAGAUGACGAGGACUAUUAUCUUUCGAUAAAAAUUACUGAAAACUACCCCGUUGAUUCUCCUCAAGUCAAGUUCGUUAUUCAUGAGGAAGAUAACGAUGACGAUUCCAUAAUCAUCCUUGACGAUGACUCGCUUGAAAUUAUAUCACAUUCAGUUAUCCCCAUUCAUCCUCACAUAUAUUCGAAUGGCCACAUUUGUCUUAAUCUAUUAGGUGACGAUUGGACACCAGCAUGUUCUAUAGAGUCGAUAUUGUUGAGUAUUCAAAGCAUGUUAAGCACAAACGACAAACGGGAAAGACCGCCUGACGACACUUCGUAUAUUAAGCACGCUCCAACAAACCCAAAGAACUCUAAAUUUAUUUAUCACGAUGAUAAUGUGUAA